ACAAGGAAUCUCAAUACGAGUGAACAUAAUGGAGUCUAGCUUCGUUUCGUUCAAUUUUUCUCAGUUUCGUUAACUUAAGCACACUUAAGCAAGAGCGAUCCCAGUCGCUCGCCGCAUAAGUAAAAUCUGACAGUUUUGAUCAAAUACACACAGGCUAACUCCACUGCAUAUAAUUUCUCUCAGAAUGUUUAUCAUAACAUAAAACAUCCAAGUAUGUCCAAGAGAGAGACAAAACCUUCAGAUAUCAAACAUAUCAGAUAUCAGACAUUUAGUUGGAAAGAAAAAUCUCCUGUGUAGUUGGCACACAAACAGACAGUGUGCACAUGGAUAUUUCAUUCUGUGUUUCUGUUGUGUAUUCUGUUAAUGUCAUUCUGUGUUGAUUACUUUCAUUAUUGUUUAUUAUUAUUGUUAAUGUGUCGCGUCGGGUACAAAUAAAACAAUUAAUCAAAGAAAAGUAAAUAUAAAAAAGUUAAUACACAAAACAAAAAAAGGAAAAAGAAAAUAUAAAAGAAAAAAACAAAGCAAUGGAAAACAUUAAUAAAUUAGAUGCAAAGUUCGAUCUUAUUUUAAUAGAAGGUGUCCGAAGAAAUAAAUGUCUCUAUGACAAAAGGGACGCCUUCUAUUUUAAUAAAUUAAAAAAAGAAAAGGCGUGGAAGGCAAUAGCUGAAGAAAGCAAAAGGACAGGUAAGCAAUUCAUAAAAUAUGUUAAUUGCAAAAAGUAUUUAUUUACGUGUUUUUAUAUUCUAGAUCCAGAAUGCCGGUUGCGGUGGAAAGCCCUCCGAGAAAGGUACUCGAGGGAACUAAGGAAGCUUAACCAACCUUCUGGAAGUGGCGCUUCAGAAUAUUGCGUUUGGGAGCUGAUGGAGGAAAUGUGUUUCCUAAAAGAUUCCAUGCAGCCAAGGAAGACAAUCUCCAACGAAAUUGACGAAAACAUUGAAGCAGCACAGUUUUUCAGUGAUGAUGGUGGUGCUACCGCCGAAGAUUUUUGCACUGCCACAGCCUCAUCAAAAAAAAGGAAAACUGCAUUUGAUGGGCUAUGCGAAAAAUUUGGCAAGGUAGUGGAAAAACUUGAUGGAAGUUUUAUCCCUUCACACUCAAUCACUGAUGAUGGAGAUGAAGAAUUUGUAUCAUCCAUUAUUGCAAUGACGCGAGCUCUGCCACCAGAUGCAAAGGAUGCCUAUAAGAUAGAAAUGCUGACGCGAGUUACCCAGCUUAGGAGGCAGUAUAGAUCAUUUGGGAGCAUUUAGUAUUUAGUGUUUCUGUUUCUUUUUUUUUUCAAUUUUAUUGUAUUCAGUUUAAACAGUGAAGUAUGUAUAUUUAUUUGUAUAUUAAUAUAGUUUUAAGUGUUUUUUUUUUUGUUAUUUUUUUUUGUAAUAAAAUUAAUGAAUUCUCGUGAUUUAAAAGUUAAAAGAAAUAGUUUUCUAUUUUCUACAAACAUGAAACCAAUUGAAAAGAGGUGAGUCAUUUACUGGAAUAAACAGGACUACAAGCAUCGGGAAAACAGUGAAAGAGUGUAUUUCAGUUUUGAAACAAAAAAUCACGAAGAUUGUUUCUUAUCGUGGUUGAUGUUUUGCCACCAUAUUGAUGAAUGUUUGGCGAUGGUGCUAUUGAUGGAAUAUUGGUGUUUACUUCCGUCCGCCAUAAUCCGUCAUGCCGUUGACCAUCAGAAUCCUCACAAUCUACAUAAUUGGUGGGACAAUAACCCUCAUUUUCUUUGUUUAGCAUUAUAAAAUUAUGAAGAGCAAUACAUGCUAAAAUAAUUUUCUCUGCGUUUUCUGGAAGCAUAUGUAACGUCGUUAACAAAAUUCGCCAACGGGCCACUAAUAUUCCAAAGGAAUUUUCAAUUGUGCGACGAGCGCGAGAAAGCCUUUUGUUAAAAUUUUCUUCUUUUGGUUGAAGAAGGGUUACGGGAUAUGGUCGCAUAAGAUUUGUGGCCAACGGGAAAGCAGCAUCGCCCACAAAGUAAUGCGGGAUUUGAACUGGUGAGUCCGGCAAGUUUGUUGGCUGAGGAGUUGGAAGUUUAUUUCCCAAAAGUUUCUUUCCAAAACAACUGACCUGA